AAUGAAAAACGUCAGAAAAACGUGAUGGUUUUAACCUUGAAAUCCUUGAAUUUUGAAUAAUAUGGUUACGAAUUGAUCUUAAAAUUAUGUUAAAAAAACUCGAUAAUGAUUGUAGUAAAAUGCGUAUACAAUUUAUCAUGUAAUGGUCAAGUUGUUGCGUAAAGUUUACAUCCCAGAACAACGUAAGAAAACUAACUUUGCAUGUAUAAAUUUAAUCUCAUAAGUACAAAUUCCUUCAGUAUUCUGUAAGAUUUCAAAAAUCAAUAAUGUCUAAACAAAAGUGUACAGAAUUUUUACUAGUAGUGGGAAUUAGUGGAGUGACUUGUGGUGGUAAAACAACAACAGCUAAAAAAUUAAGAGCCAUGUUACCAAAAGCUACAAUUAUUUCACAAGAUGAUUAUUUUUUGAGUGAGGAUGAUCCUAGACACAUUUGGAUUCCUGAAUUAAAUCAUGCUAAUUGGGAUGUGAUAACUAGUUUAGAUAUGGAAAGGAUGUACCGAGAUAUAUCUACGCUUCUAAAGAAUGAUAGUUCCAGGAGAGUCACCCACAAGUUCCAAAAAAUAAGAAAACCAGUCCAUGAUAUUAAUUAUAUCUGUGAUAUUUUAAAAACAGCUAAGCUUAAAGUUAUAAUCGUUGAAGGCUUUUGUAUCUUUAAUUACAAACCUUUGCUGCAAUUUUUUGAUCUGAUGUAUUACUUUACAUUAACUAAAGAAGAGUGCUUUGAAAGAAGGGAGCUACGAACUUAUGAUCCACCAGAUUGUCCUGGUUAUUUUGACCUGUGUGCAUGGCCUGAGCAUCUUAGCCAAUUAGAAGAAGUAAGAAAAACGGUGGAUGGUAUUAAGUUUUGUAGUGGCAAAGCCGAUGUUGUAGAAGAUAUACUUAGGGAUAUUUUCUUUUUAUAUAGCAGCAUUUAAAGUAUUUUCUUGUAUUCCAUGUACUUAUUUUCUUAGAAUAUUGUUUUUAUUGUUGCUAGCUUUUUUGAUAUAAAAUACACUUUCUAUUAAAUUAAAAAAAAAAUGUAAAAAUUACAUAUGACAAUUUUGGCCAAGCUUUUGUUAAUUGUUAUAAAUAUACUUAUUUUUGUUAAA